GAAAUUUGAACAGUACAUUUCUAUCGUAAGAAUAAAACAACAAGUAUAUCACUUAUAAAAUAAACAUCAGCACUAAUACAAUCUUUAAUAAACGUAAAAAAAAAUGUCCAGUUGACUAUUCAAUUUCAGACUUUCGAGGCGACUAAACCACCGCGUCUUAGGACCCACAUUUAUGUCGCUCAUUUCAAAUUUCAAAUUUCAAAACAAACGAGUCGCGCCUGUCAACAGUGAGAAUGGAUGCGGUGGACUGAACGACUCGUUUAAACUAAUACAAACCGAAUACAUGUAGCGUGCAAAACCAUUUUUGGUGAUAUGUAUUUCAUUUUCAAAACAAUAAUCACCAUUAAUCGUUUUUGUACUUCUCUGAAUGAGGAUCAUCUGACUGCAUGGUGAGACGACCGACUAACUAGUGAUAUAAACUAGUGAAUUAAUUGGAAUAAAUUAAUAUUUGAAGAGAUAGCAGCGAUGGAAGCUCAUGGAAUAUCAUCUGAAGGCUCAAACAGCGCAGUGAAAGCUCCCUCCAUCGAGGACUUUAUGCUGGUCAAACCUAUCAGUCGAGGAGCCUUUGGGAAGGUUUACCUCGCCAGAAAGAAAUGCAACUCCAAACUCUAUGCAGUCAAGGUGGUGAAGAAAGCAGACAUGGUGGAUAAGAACAUGACAGAUCAGAUGAAAGCUGAGAGAGAUGCUCUUGCUCUCAGUAAAAGUCCUUUUAUUGUGCACCUGUUUUACUCUCUUCAAACCGCAACUAAAGUCUAUUUGGUAUAUGUAUAUAUGUAUAUUGGAGAUGUAAAAUCACUUCUUCAUAUUUAUGGGUACUUUGAUGAAGACAUGUCUCUAAAAUACAUCUCAGAGGUCGCACUCGCUCUGGAUUACCUUCACAGACACAGCAUUAUUCACAGGGACUUAAAACCAGACAACAUGCUCAUCUCAAAUGAGGGUCACAUUAAGCUCACCGACUUUGGGCUCUCCAAGGUUAAACUUGACAGGGAACUAAACCUGAUGGACAUUCUAACCACACCUUCUUUGGUGAAACCUGAGAAAGAUUAUUUCAGAACACCUGGUCAAGUUCUGUCACUGAUAAGCUCUCUUGGUCUUAAUACUCCAGUGACAGAGAGCAAGGGUCACAGCAGCACAGUGUUGGGCAGCCCCAUGUCCUGUGGAAAAGUCAAGCAGAGGAAUAGUUCUCUGUGUUCGCCUCUGCUGAAGAGACGGGCUGAUCACCUGAAUUCACCAGUAUGCACAACUCGAGCUCUAGGAUCCAACUGGGUGUUCAGUCCGGGCCUGCUGGCUAGAAGUUUGACACCAAGGCUGAUGAAAUCAAGGAAGAGAUUUGAGACGCUGAGUGUUGGGAGUGCCCACUCAUGCCUGUUACCAUCCACUACUGAUUCUGAAGACUGUGUCAGCCCGAUGUGGGAAGAUGAGCAGAAUUUACAAGAUGGCGAGAACCUUCCACAGUUAAACGGAAGAGAUGUGGGCAAUAGAAACAUUCCCUUGACACAUGUGGAAAGGAGGAAGAUGUUUCCAGCACGAGCUCAGGAUCACAGCACUGUUUUGACUCCGCUCAAUAACCAAGUGGACAAUAGCAGAAAUAUUAAACCAGAUAUUUCUGCAAAGAGGCUUCAAUUUAGUGCAUCCAACGACUGUACUACUCCACUGGGUAAAGCUGAUUCCCAUCAGUCCAUUGGGAACGGUCUUAUAAAACCAGAGCUUCCAACAGAGCCCAAAUCCUCAGUAAAGAGAGCUUUUGAAGAAGUAGAGAAAAGCCCAGAACAGGCUGAGAUCCAUUGCAAGAAAAACGACGCAGUGUACAAGAGGUCUUUCCACAUUCCUGAGGACAACUCAAGGGUCCACACAGGCUUGACAGGAAUUUUCUCAAUUGUGGGGCUUGAUGAUGUUAAAAGUGCACCGAUAUGUCAACAGUUGAGUGAGAGAAUGGGCCCAAAGCAAUCUAGUCCCAUAGCCGUGGCCAAAAACCUCUUCUGUGAUCUCGAAGAUCAAGGCGAGGAGGUGGCUUUGCUUAAAGCAGAGGCCAACUCGAGCUCCCCGACCUCACCCGGUGAUGACCGAAAUAUCAGAAGAAGCCUUAGUUUAGAUUCGGAUGGCUCGGCCCAUGAAAUGUCAGUGGUUGCUAACACACCACAAAAAUCGAAGGACUUAAAACAAGAGGCUUUGUUGUCCUCUUUUGAGGAGCUGGAUGAAAAUGAGAUUUCCGUAGUCACACCGGCGGCCCGACCCACAUUGGCUACACCAAAGCAUAGCAGUGCAAAGCAGCAUAGGGGUAAAUCUGAGCGUUCUCUUCUUAGCCAUCCUCAUAGGUUGUCUGACAGUAUGGUCAAAUCGCCUGGCUUCCUCAAACCCAGGAAUGUGGUUGUGUUCAGGAGCUACUGUAGCUCCAUAAACCGCUCUUGUAUGUCACAUCUCAGCCUGGCCUCUUUGGAUGCCAUGGAAAUGUCUGCGUCAACCUCUUUCCACAAUGCCCAGUCUGCAGUGACUCCGGUUCAGAAGAAAAGGCCUAGUCUGAGCAGCUCACUUUACCAGACUCCACAGCAGAUGAUUAUGUCUCACACUCCCUAUAGGACACCAAAAAGUGUUCGUAGAGGUCCAGAACGUGUAGAAGGGGCUCCUAUCCUGGGAACUCCUGAUUACUUGGCGCCAGAACUUUUAUUAGGCAAACCUCAUGAUUUCAUGGUGGAUUGGUGGGCGUUAGGUGUUUGUCUGUUCGAGUUCCUCACGGGAGUCCCACCGUUCAAUGACGAGACCCCUCAGCUGGUGUUCCAGAACAUUCUCAACAGAGAUAUACCGUGGCCAGAUGGAGAUGAGGAGUUAACCCAUAAUGCAAGAAAUGCCAUAGAGAUUCUUCUCACUAUGGAUCCAACCAAACGGGCUGGCUUAAAAGAGCUAAAGGGUCAUCUGUUCUUUGAUGGUGUGGACUGGGAAAACCAUCACCAUCAGACUAUGCCCUUCAUUCCUCAGCCUGAUGAUGAGACUGACACCUCGUACUUUGAGGCGAGAAACACAGCCCAGCAUCUCACUGUAUCAGGCUUCAGUCUGUAAUACACACAAACUGUGCCAUGGACUCAUACAGUAAGUUCAGGUGCAGCUGGAAACUCUAAUGUAUACAGAUCCCACAGUGCUCUUGUUUAUUCUCCAUCCUGCUAUCUUUAUUCAUGUUUUGUAUGUUCUUGAAAAUACAUGUUUAGAAUGACGUCAUGUUGGAAAGCAUCCUGAAAUGCAGUGAGGUGGGAUUUUAACCCUUUUGCACAUACAUGCCACAAGACUUGUGGUGUAAAAACACUAUGCUUGUCGGACUGAAAUUUUAACAUGCUGAAUGUUUUAACUAGUCUACAGCAAGUAUGAUUCUGAACAUGGUUGUUUGCUGCUUAAAAAAAU